GAAGGCAAGGCAGAGAGCCCUGGCCCAAGAGGAGGAGGAGGAGGAGGAGGGAGGCCUGGAGGGAGAGGAGGAUGGCGCCGGCGGCCGGAGGCUCCGGGGGGCAGCAGGUCCGCUACUGCGCCGCCUUCCCCUACCUCUGCCUCAAGUUCGCCCUCAUCACUUACUCCACCGUCUUUUGGUUGUUAGGAGCAUUUGUUCUCGCUGUUGGUAUUUAUGCCGAAGUUGAAAGACAGAAAUACAAAACCCUUGAAAGUGCCUUUUUAGCCCCAGCAAUUAUUCUAAUACUCCUGGGCAUUGUUAUGUUCCUGGUCUCCUUUGUGGGUGUGCUGGCAUCCUUAAGGGACAACUUAUCCCUCCUUCAAGCUUUCAUGUACAUCUUGGGAUUUUGUUUGCUUAUUGAGCUAACUGGUGGAAUUAUGGCCUUGAUUUUCAGAAAUCAGACGAUUGACUUUUUAAAUAACAACAUCCGAAGAGGAAUUAAGAACUAUUAUGAUGAUUUGGACUUCAAGAACAUAAUGGAUUUUGUUCAAGAGAAGUUUAAGUGUUGUGGUGGAGAAGAUUACAAUGACUGGUCAACAAAUCAAUAUCAUGACUGUUCAGCCCCAGGACCACUAGCGUGUGGAGUUCCUUACUCUUGUUGUAUCACAAAUAAGACAGCAGUUAUCAACACCAUGUGUGGAUAUAAAAUGCUUUAUCUAGAGCGCCUGAGUGCUCAGGAGUUCAUACAUGUGAGAGGAUGCACCAAUGCAGUACUCAUUUGGUUUAUGGACAACUAUACCAUCAUGGCGGGCAUUCUCCUUGGUAUACUUUUGCCACAGUUCCUUGAGUGCUGUUAACUUUCCUCUACAUCACCCGAGUAGAGGAUAUAUGCUGAG